GGGGCGCGAGGAGCCGCCAGACCGCGGCCUGCGAACAAAGGGAGGCGGCUGGGGCGGGGGCGCCGCGAGCAUGGCGGACCGCGGCCUGGAGGGCAUGGCUCUGCCCCUGGAGGUGCGGGCCCGGCUGGCCGAGCUGGAGCUGGAGCUGUCGGAAGGCGACAUCACCCAAAAAGGAUAUGAAAAGAAGAGGUCAAAACUAAUUGGAGCCUACCUGCCCCAGCCUCCGACAGCGAACGGAGCUGCCGUGGUCCGGUGUAGACUGCAGCACAGUGAAGGAGCCCCGGGAAGAGCGCUGCACUCCGGCAACAUCGGGGUGUGUGACAUCCGAGAAGCCGCGGUCAGAGAGCGGGCGGCCAGCACCGCGGGGAACCGGCCGCUGUUUUACUUUCGCUUCGGGGUGGAUCAAGCUUUGCCUCCUGAGCGCCGGGCUCCGGUCACUCCUGCCUCUUCCACUCGCUAUCACCGCCGCAGGUCCUCAGGGUCACGAGAUGAACGCUAUCGGUCGGACGUCCACACAGAAGCUGUGCAGGCAGCGCUGGCUAAACACAAAGAAAGGAAGAUGGCAGUGCCUAUGCCUUCCAAACGCAGGUCCUUGGUUGUACAGACCUCGAUGGACGCCUACACACCUCCAGAUACCUCUUCGGGCUCGGAGGACGAAGGCUCGGUGCAGGGAGACUCCCAGGGCACGCCCACCUCCAGCCAGGGCAGCAUCAACAUGGAGCACUGGAUCAGCCAGGCCAUCCACGGCUCCACCACCUCCACCACCUCUUCCUCUUCCACCCAAAGUGGGGGGAGCGGCGCUGCCCACAGACUGGCCGACGUCAUGGCCCAGACGCACAUAGAAAAUCACUCUGCACCUCCUGACGUAACCACUUACACCUCAGAACACUCAAUACAAGUAGAAAGGCCACAAGGUUCAACGACCUCACGAACGGCACCAAAGUAUGGCAACGCGGAGCUCAUGGAGACUGGCGAUGGUGUGCCAGUAAGUAGCCGGGUGUCGGCGAAAAUUCAACAGCUCGUCAAUACACUCAAACGACCAAAGCGGCCGCCGUUACGGGAAUUCUUUGUUGAUGACUUUGAAGAAUUGCUGGAAGUUCAGCAACCGGAUCCGAACCAGCCAAAGCCAGAGGGAGCACAAAUGUUGGCAGUACGCGGGGAGCAGCUGGGAGUGGUGACGAACUGGCCCCCAUCUCUAGAAGCUGCGCUGCAGCGGUGGGGGACCAUAUCCCCGAAGGCCCCAUGCUUGACCACGAUGGACACAAACGGGAAGCCCCUGUACAUCCUCACUUACGGCAAACUGUGGACAAGAAGUAUGAAGGUUGCUUACAACAUUCUGCAUAAAUUAGGUACAAAGCAGGAGCCUAUGGUACGACCGGGAGACAGGGUGGCGCUGGUGUUCCCCAACAACGACCCCGCUGCGUCCAUGGUGGCCUUCUACGGCUGCCUGCUGGCCGAGGUUGUCCCCGUGCCCAUCGAAGUGCCCCUCACGAGAAAGGACGCAGGGAGCCAGCAGAUCGGGUUCUUGCUUGGAAGCUGUGGAGUCACCGUGGCUUUGACAAGCGACGCCUGCCACAAAGGGCUACCGAAAAGCCCGACUGGGGAGAUACCCCAGUUCAAAGGCUGGCCGAAGCUGCUGUGGUUUGUCACAGAGUCGAAGCACCUCUCCAAGCCCCCUCGAGAUUGGUUCCCGCACAUCAAAGACGCAAACAAUGACACCGCCUACAUAGAGUAUAAGACGUGCAAGGACGGAAGCGUACUCGGGGUGACCGUGACCAGGAUCGCGCUGCUGACCCACUGCCAGGCCCUCACCCAGGCAUGCGGCUACACGGAAGCGGAAACCAUAGUGAACGUGUUGGAUUUCAAGAAGGACGUUGGGCUCUGGCAUGGGAUUCUGACAAGCGUCAUGAACAUGAUGCACGUGAUCAGCAUCCCGUAUGCGCUGAUGAAGGUGAACCCGCUGUCCUGGAUUCAGAAGGUCUGUCAGUACAAAGCAAAGGUGGCUUGUGUCAAAUCCAGGGACAUGCACUGGGCGUUAGUAGCACACAGAGAUCAGAGAGACAUCAACCUCUCUUCUCUCCGGAUGCUGAUCGUGGCCGAUGGCGCAAACCCUUGGUCUAUCUCCUCCUGCGACGCGUUCCUCAACGUCUUCCAGAGUAAAGGCCUGCGCCAGGAGGUCAUCUGCCCUUGCGCCAGCUCCCCAGAGGCUCUCACCGUCGCCAUCCGGAGGCCCACAGAUGACAGCAACCAGCCCCCGGGCCGGGGCGUCCUGUCCAUGCACGGGCUCACCUACGGCGUCAUCCGAGUGGACUCAGAAGAAAAGCUGUCUGUGCUCACCGUGCAAGACGUCGGCCUCGUGAUGCCUGGCGCCAUCAUGUGUUCGGUGAAGCCGGAUGGCGUCCCUCAGCUGUGUCGAACAGAUGAGAUCGGGGAGCUCUGUGUGUGCGCCAUCGCCACGGGCACGUCCUACUACGGCCUCUCGGGCAUGACCAAGAACACCUUCGAGGUGUUCCCCGUGACGAGCUCGGGGGCCCCCGUCAGCGAGUACCCCUUCGUGAGGACAGGCCUGCUGGGCUUCGUCGGCCCCGGGGGGCUCGUCUUCGUGGUGGGCAAGAUGGACGGGCUCAUGGUGGUCAGUGGGCGCAGACACAACGCUGACGACAUCGUUGCCACAGCACUGGCCGUGGAGCCCAUGAAGUUCGUCUACAGGGGAAGAAUAGCUGUGUUUUCGGUGACUGUCUUGCACGACGAGAGGAUCGUGAUUGUGGCCGAGCAGAGGCCGGACUCCACGGAGGAGGACAGCUUUCAGUGGAUGAGCAGGGUGCUGCAGGCGAUUGACAGCAUACACCAGGUUGGGGUUUACUGCCUGGCCUUGGUUCCAGCAAACACCCUCCCCAAAACCCCGCUCGGUGGGAUCCACUUGUCAGAAACGAAGCAGCUCUUCCUGGAGGGCUCGCUGCACCCCUGCAACGUCCUGAUGUGCCCCCAUACCUGUGUCACAAACCUGCCGAAACCUCGUCAGAAGCAGCCAGAAAUCGGCCCUGCCUCUGUGAUGGUGGGGAACCUGGUGUCUGGGAAGAGGAUCGCGCAGGCCAGCGGCAGAGACCUGGGCCAGAUAGAAGACAAUGACCAGGCACGCAAGUUCCUGUUUCUCUCGGAGGUCCUGCAGUGGAGGGCGCAGACCACCCCCGACCACGUCUUGUACACGCUGCUCAACUGUAGGGGUACGAUAGCAAGCUCGCUGACGUGCGUGCAGCUGCAUAAGCGCGCCGAGAAGAUCGCCGUGAUGCUGAUGGAGCGAGGGCACCUGCAGGAUGGGGACCACGUGGCUCUCGUGUACCCGCCAGGAAUAGAUCUUAUUGCAGCAUUUUAUGGCUGCCUGUACGCGGGCUGCGUGCCAAUAACCGUCCGCCCCCCACACCCGCAGAACAUCGCCACGACGCUGCCCACCGUGAAGAUGAUUGUGGAGGUGAGUCGCUCUGCCUGCUUGAUGACAACACAACUGAUCUGUAAGUUGUUGCGGUCCCGGGAGGCAGCUGCGGCCGUGGACGUCAGGGCGUGGCCCCCCAUACUGGACACAGAUGACUUGCCAAAGAAGCGGCCCGCCCAGAUCUACAAACCUUCCAACCCAGACACGCUAGCUUAUCUUGACUUCAGUGUGUCCACCACGGGGAUGCUGGCUGGAGUGAAGAUGUGCCACGCAGCCACCAGUGCCUUCUGCCGCUCCAUCAAGCUGCAGUGUGAGCUCUACCCCUCUAGAGAAGUGGCCAUCUGCUUGGACCCUUACUGUGGACUUGGGUUUGUCCUGUGGUGCCUCUGUAGCGUGUACUCUGGGCACCAGUCCAUUCUCAUCCCGCCUUCUGAGCUGGAAACCAACCCUGCCUUGUGGCUUCUUGCCGUGAGUCAGUACAAAGUCCGGGACACGUUCUGCUCCUAUUCAGUGAUGGAACUUUGUACCAAGGGGCUGGGCUCGCAGACAGAAUCGCUCAAGGCACGAGGACUGGACUUGUCCCGCGUGCGGACGUGUGUGGUCGUGGCAGAAGAGCGGCCGCGGAUAGCGCUCACCCAGUCUUUCUCAAAGCUCUUUAAAGACCUGGGUCUCCACCCGCGGGCCGUGAGCACCUCCUUUGGCUGCAGAGUGAACCUGGCCAUCUGCUUGCAGGGGACCUCAGGACCCGACCCGACCACCGUCUACGUCGACAUGCGAGCUCUGAGGCACGACAGAGUCCGUUUAGUGGAAAGAGGCUCUCCUCAUAGCUUGCCCCUGAUGGAAUCAGGAAAAAUACUCCCAGGGGUACGGAUCAUAAUCGCCAAUCCAGAAACAAAAGGACCGUUGGGCGACUCCCACCUGGGUGAGAUCUGGGUUCACAGUGCCCACAACGCCAGUGGCUACUUCACCAUUUAUGGAGAUGAGUCUCUUCAGUCAGACCACUUCAACUCAAGGUUAAGUUUUGGAGACACCCAGACGGUCUGGGCACGGACGGGCUACUUGGGGUUCCUGCGGAGGACCGAGCUCACAGACGCAAACGGAGAGCGCCACGACGCCCUGUACGUAGUGGGGGCUCUAGAUGAGGCGAUGGAGCUGCGGGGAAUGCGGUAUCACCCAAUCGACAUUGAGACCUCAGUCAUCAGAGCCCAUAAAAGUGUCACAGAAUGCGCUGUAUUCACCUGGACAAAUUUGUUGGUGGUGGUGGUUGAGCUUGAUGGGUCGGAGCAAGAAGCCUUGGACCUGGUCCCCUUGGUGACCAAUGUGGUCCUAGAGGAGCACUACCUGGUGGUGGGGGUGGUGGUCGUGGUGGACAUCGGUGUCAUCCCCAUCAACUCCCGGGGAGAGAAGCAGCGCAUGCACCUGCGUGACGGGUUUUUGGCCGACCAGCUGGACCCCAUCUAUGUGGCCUACAACAUGUAGUCUCGUCUCUGGCUCCCAUGGACCUUUCCAGGGAAGGAAACACUUUUCUCAGUGUCAAUAAAGUUUGCAGACACAGGGGCAACGUUCUCCGGGAUGGAGCCUUCGGUCACGCCUCGGCGAGACUCCACAGCGUCCUGAUCGGCAUGGGGGUGAAACGUGAAAUGUGAAUUUACCACUGAAGUUUGCUCAGAAGGACUUUGGAUUACUGCCUUCAGUUUGUUGGAAAAACCCAUUUCAAGAACUUUCUUUUCUUUUUUUUUAAUUAUUGGAUAAUAAGUGCUUUCUUCGUAAAUGUGGUAUUUUGUUAAGCCAAAAUAGCAAUUAAAAAAUAUUCUGCCCUCCAGAUGGGUUCUUUUAAACAAUUUAUGUAGUGUGACAAAGAAUUGUUUUCUCUGUUUAAUGUGUCAUGAUAUCUUAAUGACAUGGACCUUGUUACUGAUUUAAGCCAUUGCUAGAUCUCAUCCUUUUAGGAAAGUUUGUUGAGGUACGAGAAAACCUUCCAAAUAGCACCUUCCAAUUAGAUUUUAGCAGCUUUCUUUGUCAGAAAUGUACUGAAGAAACAAAGGCUAACAUACGGCCUUGGAAGUUAGCAUAGAAUGAGAAGGAAUUAUACAUAAGGUGUAUUUCGGCAACUCUCUUGCAGAUAUCUUUGUACUAAACUAAAAAGAUGAAAUAAGUUAACUUCUUCAUAUGUAAUUAUGUACAAAACGUUUAAUUUAUUUUGAUCUCUUUAGAAGUAUAAAAGAGAAAAACAUUCAAGAACAUUAAAGUCUUGUAAUGUUUGCUAAUAUAAAAAAAGUGUUGUAUUAUCUUGCGUGGAUAGUAUCACAACAAAUAUAUAUAUAUGAAAUAUAAAUUCACUAAUGAACAAAGGAGAUUUUAAAGUUUAAAAUGCAGAACCUGUCACUUGCAUGGUGUCCCCUCCACUGUACUGUAGAUAAAGAGAGAUUCUCUCACACCCACUUUGCUGAUGUGAGCAAUCACAGAUUGCCGGUAGCCCGGUCUAAAUGUUUCUUCUAGAACCAGAGACCAGCAAGUGAAAUUAUUGCCAUCUCAGAGAUGGGGAAGGAAUUUGAGGCUGAAUGUGCACUAUUUUUCCUUUGCUGUGGGGGCAACAGCGAACGGUGUGCCAGCAUGUGCUUAGUACACGGAGCGGGCGUUAGGGAAGGCAGGUGGCACGUAGCGCUGCUCUCGGAGCUGCAGGGACCCGCUGCACCACGUUCCUCAUCAUCUUUGUUAGUGUCACCCCUUUUUGGUCCUUGCUAUGAAAAGGAAUGAUUUUCUGCGGUCAUUUGCACUGGGUUGUGUUGAUUCCCCUCCGAUGGCCAUUGUAUGGAGUGGACAGAGUGUCCAGAACAGCUUUAAGGGAAAAGACCCACCUAGGAGAUCGUCUCCUCGGCCAGCUCUCUGGGGCUCCCUGCCCCGGCGUGAGCAGAACCCACAGGGAACCCGCAUGAGCUGCCCCGGGACUCCUAACAGAGCCACUGGCUGGAGCAAGAAAGCCUCACAGCUGCCUUCAUUUCGCCACCUGUGGAUACCACGUUUCUGAUUUCCGUCUCUUGCUGCUGCUGCUGCCUCACACGCCUUCCAGUUUUCAUGUCUCACCUGUACACUCCUUGAUUGAAUUGGCCCAUCUGUGUCCAGCCAAGAAGAGGUAUCAGCUGUCCAAGCGUGAUUUAUUUAUCUUGUAACUGCCCCAAUACGACCCCGCAGUGGCUCUCGUUGCUAGAAAUGCAUGACCAAGAUUGUUGCUGGGCAAACUUUAGAUUCACUUUUCAUUAUAUUGUAGGCAGUGUCUUCAUCUGCCUUUGCUAUAUGCGCCAGCAGUAAGCCCUUUGCUAAAAGAGAGUUUUGUUUGACUUCCGAGAUCCAAGGCUAAUUGUUUUCUUAAAAUUUUAAGUGGCAUUUUUAACAAUUUGUCUGCAUGUGGGGUGCAUCCUUCCAUCUCCACAAAUUAUUUGAUUUUUAAAAUAUUGUUUGACUUCAUUGCUGUGUGUGAAUACUUCUCUACAUGCUUCAGAUACACAUUCCUACAGUCUUCUGCUUCCUAUGGGAGGAAGAUCCCCACCACACACAGAAAAAAGACAUUUUCUUACACAUACCAACGUUGUUUAAGGGGAAGGAUGGCUUAAGGCUUCAGAUCCCAUACUGAUUAGGAAACACAAUUGCAGGAUAACUUGUGAGGUCUUGCUGAUGUCGGAAGCAAACAAAUCAGGUGUCACUUCCAGGAUGACCUUCACAUGCAAGGCGGUGCGGUUGUGAACAUGGUUAGUGACGUCCUGUCAUCUCUCAUGUUAGAGUUGAGGUCAAAGGGUUGGGGGCUGGGAUCAAAGGUCAUUUGUGCAAGUAAAAGGAAAGGAAACCCCUUUCAGCAAUAAAGAAGGAUCGUUCUGUAUUAGAAAUUGUGCUGUAGAUAAAUCAUUCAUGAGAAUGUAACAAUGUUUGUCUUGUGACCUUGUGCUUUUGAAGUCAGACAAAACUGUGUAAUCAACUUGCACAAAGAAGGGUACACAAUGAACAUUGAAACACAGACCUAACCCAACAGGGCGGCUUCCUCAUGGUGCUUGUUUAUUAUAUAUAUUUAAUCCUGCUUGACACUUUACCCAAGGGAAACUGUCCCUUUUAUCAGUUGAAUGUUAGCAGCGUUAUUUCAUAGAGUGUGGUGACUGGUUAGAGAAAUUCAUGUACUCAACCAAUCACGGUUUCAAACAAAAUUUUUAUGUGCAAAGGACGGCAACCUUCUCGUAUGUUAAACCACCAGUAAGCUUUGUACAUCUGUGAUAACGCCUGUUUUAUAUUCAAAUGAACAAAUAAAAGCUUUUAUUUUUGUUGCUCUGAAAA